AUGUCAGAUCACGAAACAUAUGAUAACAUUGAUGCAGGAGCAUCUCAAACGUUCCCUGUGCAAGCAGGUGCAAUAAAAAAAAACGGUCACGUUAUGUUAAAAGAUCAUCCAUGCAAAGUUGUUGAUUAUUCAACUUCAAAAACUGGAAAGCAUGGUCAUGCUAAAGCUCACAUUGUAGGUAUUGAUAUUUUUACUGGAAAAAAAUAUGAAGAUAUAUGCCCAACAUCUCAUAAUAUGGAUGUACCAGUUGUUAAAAGAACUGAAUUGCAAUUAAUUGAUAUUACUGAGGAUGGAUUUGUAUCUUUACUUCAUGAUAAUGGUGAAACAAAAGACGAUUUAAGUUUACCAAAAGAUUCUGAAGGAAAUUUAGAUGAUGUGGCAAAACAAAUCCGUACUUUAUUUGAUAAUGGAAAAUCAGUUUUAGUUAGUGUUCUAUCAGCAUGUGGACAAGAAAAAAUUAUUGCAGCAAAAGAAUUAGCAUCUUAA